AUGGAUAGGAUGCUUAGGUUGGUGGCCUCACUCAAGGGGAUGGUCUUGCGGAGAGAGACGCAGCUGUUCAUCGUUGGUGUUUCGAUGCCACCACUACAGGCUGGGCCAUCCCGGCCUUCUCGAGGAGCUGAGAGAGAGGAUUCAACUCGCAGCCGAGGUAGGCGUAGAGCACCCAUCAGAGAUGAUCCGGAGUCCAGCAAGGAGGAGGAGUCUGUACAUCCUCAGUUAAAGACAUCUGCGGGUAGAGAGGAUGACUCUGGAUCCAGUUUUGAGGGCGGAGGUGAUGUCGAGAAGGAUUCCGAGGGCGGCGACUCCGAUUCGGAUGGUGAUGAUAUGGACAGGAGCUGGAUGUUAAUUUCUAAUAGAUUCAGUCAGCCAUUUGUAGAUGGGGUGAACUCAUUUAUUGAAUUUGCAAAGGUUCAUUUGGGUGAGGCUAGGGAGAUUAAGUGCCCAUGCAUCAAUUGUUGUAACUUUUAUAAGCAGGAGUAUGAUAUUGUGAAGGCUCAUUUGCUCAUAAGUGGGAUGAUAGUAUCAUACACCACUUGGUUAGAACACGGUGAACUUCCAGAACACAAUAACCUUGAUAAAAGCAAUGGAGAGAAUGAUGAGGAUAAAGAUGAAUAUGAUGAACUGAUAGAGGACUAUCAAAGGGGGAAUUUUAUGGAGGGUGAUACUCUAGAAAUAGAGGAUGUACGACACUUUGAUAAAUUGUUAGAUGCUUCCCAAUGUUUCUUGUACCCAGGUUGCAAAAACUCGGAUACUUUGUUGUCAUUCGUUAUUCAGAUGCUACAUGUGAAGGUAGAAAAUAGGUGGAGCAAUAAGUCUUUUGACAAGGUUUUGGAGAUACAAAGGCGAUUCCUACCAGAAGGCCACGUGGUGCCAGGGUCAAUUUACGAGUGCAAGAAGUUACUACGUGACCUGGGCUUGGGGUACGAGCUCAUCGAUGCAUGUAAACAUGAUUGUGUACUAUUCUGGAAGGAGAAUGCUCACUUGGAAAAAUGUCCCACAUGUCAAGCAUCUAGGUACAGAGUAAAUGAUAGCAAGGGUAAGAAGAUCCCUCACAAGAUAUUGCGUUACUUCCCAUUGACACCUAGGUUGAGAAGAUUGUACAUGUCUAGGAAGAUGGCAAAAGACAUGAGAUGGCAUAAUGAUAAGCAUGUGGAUGAUGGUGUAGGGAGGCAUCCGACUGAUUGUAAAGAGUGGAAGGAAUUUGAUUUGCAUUAUCCAGAGUUUGCCCAGGAGACUCGCAAUGUUAGGUUGGGCCUAGCCACCGAUGGGUUCAAUCCUUUUGGGAACAUGAGCACUUCCUAUAACAUGUGGCCUGUCAUACUCAUGCCCUAUAACCUCCCACCUUGGAGAUGUAUGAAGGCCCCAUUUUUCAUGAUGUCCUUACUUAUUCCUGGACGUAAUCAACCAGGGAUUGAUAUUGAUUUCUACCUAAGGCCGUCGAUUGAUGAGUUGAAGGAGUUGUGGGAGAAUGGUGUGAUGACUUACGAUGCAUCCACUGAACAGACCUUCCGGAUGUAUGCAGCUGUAAUGUGGACCAUAAAUGACUUCACUGCAUAUGUAAGAUUGGGUGGGUGGGUGGGUCAUCGAGCUUACUUGCCUGAUAACCACCUUUGGAGGAAAGACAAGAAGUUUGAUGGUUUAACUAAGCUUAGAAAGAAAUCCUUGGAUUUACCGGUGGAAAAAGUAAUGGCUCAAUUGGAUCAAUUGCGAGAAGUCAAGUUUGGAAAGGAUCCUACCAACAAGAAAAGACCACGAGAGUCUGAAGAAUUGAAUUGGACAAAGAAAAGCAUAAUGUGGGAGCUACCGUAUUGGAAGAAAUUAAACCUUCGACACAAUCUUGAUGUUAUGCACAUUGAGAAGAAUAGUUGUGAAAACUUUUACGGGACGAUGUUGGCCAUAGAUGGGAAAAACAAGGACAUGUACAAAACACGUGAUGAUUUGCAAGAAAUGGGCAUAAGGAAAGAAUUUCAUCUACAGAGGAAAGAUAACGGAUCCGUUGUAAAGCCUCGGGCAGCCUACACAUUGGAUUCUCGACAAAUAGAUGGUUUUGUGAAUUCUUGA